AUGCUGUAUCUUGUCGGAUUGGCUGUUGUUGCUGCGUUUGCAUUGGCCUUCUGGAAGUUGUUCGGCGCGGGAAAUUCAGGCCGUGCAAGCGGUAGCGACUUGAUGGAGUUGCGUCAGGCUGAGAACAAGGUCAAGGUGUCCGACCCGAUUCUGCGCAGAGACAUCGACAUUCUGGACCGCUAUGGCUCCGACCUGUUACAAGACGCGAUAGAACUGCGACGCGCCCAAAUACUGCAGGGCGGACACCCCGACAGCCCUUCCUCUGGAUAG